AUGGACGAAGCAGUGGUCGAAGUUCUUCCAGAUGACUCCACGUUUCUGUCCGUAGAACAUUUUGGUACAAGCCCCUGGACGAUCACUGGACGGGUCAUAGCAUUGGAGGUUGAUGGAGAAGAGCAGAGCUACUUCUUGAAGGUGGCGUUUGAGGAUCAUGGGAAGAUUAUGCUGAGGGGUGAGUAUGAAUCGUCCAAGAUAGUCUUUGGUGUGAUGAAAAACUUUCUGCCCAAGCCGUACGGAUUCGGAAAGUACAAGGUCCAGAAUCCGCCUACCUACUUCUACCUCUCAGAGUUCGUCGACAUGGACGUCACUACCGCCCCUGACCCAGCCGAGUUCACCAAGAGACUUUCUCAACUGCAUAAGCUUGGCGAAUCACCAACGGGGCAGUUUGGAUUUGCCGCCCAAACUUGCGAUGGCCAAGUUGCUCACAUGGUGGACUAG